AUGCGAGACGUGCCGAUCCCGCUGAACGCGCCGUGGGAGACGCACACGGUGAAGCGGAACAUUGCCCCGCUAAAGUUCUAUUAUGACAUGCAAUGCGAAGCGGCAAAAGUUGAUUCGUGGUAUGGGCCAUGUUGGGAACCGUGUCUCUCGAUGGUGUCGCUCACGUGGAACAACAUUUCUGCCCCAUCGGUGGACCCCUCGCCGGUGCUUCCAUUUUGGGACAAAAUGCGCUACCUUCUCCACGGCCGGUUCAGCAUGCUGUGUAAAGAGGUGCGUACUACCAUGCUGGCCUCCCCAGACCCAUACAAUUCCACGGAGACUGUCGAGUGGUGCUGGGAGAAUUUUGGGCUCGAUUGGCUCAUUGGCGAAAUCCGGAUCCGGUCCUGUUUGAGCAUCUACGUCCGCACCGCCUCAAAAUACGACGAUUCUAGGAUUCUGUAUUUGCCGCAGGUCCGCUGGCGCAUCACUCUGGAUUGGGUAUGCCUCGGCGAUCCGCACGAUCACCACGCGGCCACCCCGUGCUCACCGAGUCGACUCCCCCAUUGCGCUACGGAGCACGACUCCUACCGGGCAUUCCGCUCGAAAUGCCUCGACCUGUCCUUUUGCUUUGACGUCGACGCGGCUGAUGCGUAUGGGGACCCGAAAGAAGCGCAUAGCUCCAAACGACCCCAUAUGCUUCUCUAUGCCAACACUUUUCGAUGCUUCGAGUUUUUGAUGAACACGCUCACCCUGACAAAUCGCCCCGUCAAAAAGGGCCCACUGUUCGGAUCGCCGAGCAGAUCGAAGCCGCAGCUCAGCAAGCAUUUCCGG